AUGUCCUCGAGUGCAGCCUCUCCACCGACGGCUGGCUCGCCCCCGGCACCUAUCGACGUCAAGCCUAUACUUACGAGGCAGCCGUCAUUAUGUGCAAAGCCCAUUCAGACCCCGCCGGCGACAUCCCCCGCAUCAACAACACCCUCCGCCACGCUCUCCCUAACAAGCAAGGAAUGGAUCAUCCCUCCACGACCAAAACCUGGUCGGAAGCCAGCAACCGACACGCCACCCACCAAACGCAAAGCACAGAAUCGCGCUGCGCAGAGAGCAUUCCGAGAGCGACGUGCCGCACGCGUGGGUGAACUUGAAGAACAACUUAAACAGAUCGAAGAAGAGAAUGAACAAGAGCAAGACGCCCUGAGAGGAACCAUUGAGAAGCUCGAAAAGGAAAUCGAUCAAUACCGCCAUGAUCUGACCAACUGGGUUGAUCGCUGCCGCAAACUUGAGAAUGAACUGGUCUCGGUUCGAUCUGCAUCACCGCAAGACAAGAAAUCCGGAGAAGCACCCACCACUGAACCUGCCAUCGAUGACAACGCUGUUGGUUGUGGAAACUGCACUCUGGAAACUCGAUGUCAGUGUAUCGACGACGCUUUUCAAGCCAUGAGUGGAGAAACGAGUACGAGCACACAUCAGCAUGAAAAACGACCACAUUCUCCAAUCUAUAUGGAGGUUGAAAAACGCAUCAAGGUUGAGCCGAAAGAAGCGAUGGAAGUCGAUUUCACCUCGAUGUAUUCGGCAAAAGACAUUUCUGGUGUCAGUCACGCAGAGCAACAUUCUCCCACCUCGGCCAUCGCCGACCCCUGCGGCUUCUGCUCUGAUGGCACUCCAUGCAUCUGUGCAGAGAUGGCGGCAGAGCGUGAGCAAGCUCAGAACCACGCCGCUGUAACAGGAUCCGUAAGUCUGCAUCGUCCCGUAGCUGCCGUCAACCCGCCAAGACAGCUCGAUCAAUUUACACCACCACCGUCCGAAGGGGAUGUGUCGAUGUCAGUUCCAGCGGUGGCUGAAGCUUCGUCCUCAGGAUGUGCAUCUGGUCCAGGGACGUGCGCACAAUGCCGUGCCGAUCCAAACAGCACGUUGUUCUGUAAAUCUCUCGCGGCUUCUCGAGCACAGUCUGCAAGCACCCCGUCGGGCUGCUGUGGUGGUCAAACACCGGGUAGUCGUUGGUGCUGCCAAAGCCAACCCGACUCUGUCCCGCUACCGCCUAGGACCACUCGGUCCCGUGCAGGGGUCAACUCAACCCAGGCUCGUGUUGCAUCCAAGGCUAGCGUCACGUUGACUUGUGCUGAUGCGUACACGACACUGAGCCGGCACCCAGCAUAUGAAAGUGCCAGUGACGAAAUUGCUACGUGGCUACCAAAACUACAUGCCAGCGAUGCUCAGCCUGGGAUGGUGGGAAGACCUGCGCUCGAGAUUGAUGCCGCGAAUGUCAUGGCUGUCUUGAAAGACUUUGAUCGCAGAUUUGGGCAAAGCCGGUGA